ACAAAUAAACAGACAAGCAAAGUAAAUAUAUAUAGUUACGAAUGUGUGUCAGGAUCUUGUGAGUAGCCUCUAAUAUUCUCUAUUAUUUCAGAUUCCCCACUUUAAUCUCUAGUCUCCAGUAUAUAUCGAUCCAAGAUCUAACCCUAGUACGGAGCAACAGUUGUGUUGAGUAUGUCUGCAGGACGGGUUCUAGUAUACGGGGGUAGAGGAGCUCUGGGUUCUACAGUAGUAUCUGUCUUUAAACAGGCCUCCUACUGGGUUCUUAAUAUAGACUUGAAGGAGAGCGAUCAGGCAGAUCACAAUAUUAUUGUAUCUGGGGAUACAUGGACACAACAGGAAGAGAAUGUUUGCUCUGCAGUAGCUGAAGCUCUGAGCGGAGAGAAGAUUGAUGCCGUUCUCUGUCUUGCCGGAGGCUGGGCCGGAGGAUCUCCGGCCUCGCCGGAGUUCAUCAAGAACGCGGAGUUGAUGUGGAAAUCCAGCGUGUGGCCAGCAUCUAUAAGUGCAAGAUUAGCGUGUACUCAUCUCAAGGAUGGAGGUACUCUAGUCCUACCUGGAGCACAGCCUGCUGUUAAAGGAACCCCUACUAUGGCCGGAUAUGGGAUGGCGAAGGCUGCAGUCCAUCAGUUAGUGUUCUCCCUUGCAGAUGGAAAAUCAGGAUUAUCUAAAGAAUCUUUAGCUGUAGCAAUCCUACCCAACACCUUGGAUACACCAAUGAACAGAAAGUGGAUGUCUAAAGCAGAUACAUCCACCUGGACUCCGUUAGAAUUUGUCGCUGAAUUGAUGUUGAAGUGGACGAGGAACGAGGAGAGGCCGUCCUCAGGUAGUCUGGUCAGUUUAGUCACUGAGGCCGGAGUUACGAGGACAACCACAUAAGAAACUAAUCAAAACCCCGCUAUAUUUCUCAACUCAGGCCGAAAGUUAUGAAUCGAGAAUCUGAAUCCAAGGUUUAAUCUUCCAGUAGAAUAUCCAGUUUUUAUUAGAUGUGAUGAAUUUGUAAUCUUUUUAUACAAUAAAUUUUCCAUUCAUGUUUUA